CCUGAUGUGUGGUAGGGAUUACGCUGCAGAGUCCAGGGUCACUCUGGCCCCUUUCUGGAAGAUGAUGGUCCAGGGGUCUUGGACCCUGAGGAAGAAGAUGAUCACUUCGAGAAUCUGAGGGUCAGCCUGACAUCCAGUGUAGAUAAAUUCAUUAAUCAUAUCAAAUCUUCAAGGUCAGCAUGUGAAAAGAUGAUGUCACGGUCAGCAGAGGUAAAGAUUUUUUUGUGACAAGUUGCUGAAGUGUUUCCAAGUGAUGCUGGAUAGAGUGAUGAACGUGUGGCAGGAUGCCCUGGCCUGGCUGCUGGAGAAAGUGGCAGCAGGGUUCCAGGCCCUGUACAGUGCGAUGGAGGCUGUGCUGGGCAAUUUGAGGAGUUUCUGCUACUCCGUGACAGAGCUCUUCCCAUUGUCUAUACAAGCCUAGGGACCCAACCAGGCAGAGUGAGGAGCUGGGCCCACCUAGGAGCUCUUUGAAUACUGAGUCUUGGGAAGGAAUCUUCCAGCAAGCAGCAGCUUUGCCCUCCUGCUCCCCCAUCCUUGAUAGCCCCUCCCAGCUCCUUGUGCCCGCCUCCCCACCCCGCCCACAAAGCACUCCCUGCCUGGCUUUGCUUGUGUAGGUGUGACCUGCCGCUCUAGCCCUGGUGUCUUAAUAAAAGUGUGUUGAACGGA